GACCGGCGAUGUGGCGGUGAAGCCUCUUCAUGGUGAGGAGCACCUAUGGGACCCAUCACAAAAAAAAACAAAAUCAAAAGUUGAGGCGCGCAAUUGGGGGCUCUGGAGGGUUUUAAAAGCGCUCGAGAGUUCGGAGACCAUCGAAGCCACACCAGACCAGAUCAGACUGCGAGCUUUCAUCUUCUGUAUUUCGUUUGAUCGUAACAUGCUCAUGGCCUCAAACAGUUUGUAGGGUUCGACGGGAUAUGACACAUGCCUGCUAUUCCGCAGUUUCUGAGGUUUUAAAUUUUGGGGCUGUAGUGGCACAAAGAUCUUUGGCAUUUCGUUUGAAUUCAAAAUUUCCAUUCAAGUUUGCUUGUAGACAAAUUCACAUGGACAAUAAAUACAACAGUGAUUCAAGAGGAGCUUUGAUUGUGUUAGAAGGUUUGGAUCGCUCUGGGAAGACUUCACAGUCUAGCAGACUACUGUCAUACCUGGAAGGGCUAGGGUAUCCAGUUGAAUCAUGGAGGUUUCCUGAUAGAAAUACUGGUGUUGGGCAAAUGAUUUCCUCAUAUCUCUCCAAUAAGUCGCAGCUGGAUGAUCAUGCAAUCCAUCUCCUCUUUAGUGCAAAUCGUUGGGAGAAGAGAGCAUUAAUGGAGAACAAGCUGAGGAGUGGAACAACCCUCAUUGUUGACCGCUACUCUUAUUCUGGGGUGGCUUUCUCAUCUGCCAAAGGACUCGAUAUUGAAUGGUGUAAGGCUCCAGAGAUGGGGUUACUGGCUCCAGAUCUGGUACUAUACCUUGACUUACCACCAGAGAAUGCUGCUGAAAGAGGAGGUUAUGGAGGUGAGAGAUAUGAGCAACUUGAGUUUCAAAGGAAAGUUGCACAAUCGUAUCAGUGUCUUCGUGAUGCCUCUUGGAAGAUUAUAGAUGGAUGCCUUUCUGUUGAAGAAGUUGAGAAACAGUUAAGGGAGAUUGUUAUAAGUUGUGUGAUGAUGUGCCAAAAAGGAAAAUCUCUUUCACAGCUCUGGUCAAGUUGAACUCUUCAAGGUUUAUGAAGAAGAGGAGCUGUGUGUUUUGGCGGACUUAUCAAGUAUUUAAUCAAUCGAGAAAACUUCGAUGCUGUCUUUAGCCUUGUAUUGUUCAGAUAGGAGUUGUGUGGAAACAAUGGUUCCAAUUAAUUAGCAUCAUGUAUUGUGUGUUUUUUUUUUUUUUUUCUUUCUUGAUGUUCUAAGAUAGACUUAACAUUCUUCUAAGGAGAAGGGAAAAGUGUGUCACUGCUAAGACUCAAAUCUCUGGU